UGCGCGGGCCGGCCCUUCUUGCGAGAUUCUACCGACAUGAUUCGCCCGUGCGAUCCCGGCUGGCCCGCCGUGAAAACUCUGAAGCCAGAUCCGCGAGAUGCGGAUGCCCUCUCCCUGCCCUUGCGCCUGGGAAGCGUGCCGGUGUCGUCGUCGUUGCGCCCGCGCAUCGCAUCGUGAAGGCUGGUGGUGGUGCCGGUGUAAUCAUGAGGGCGCCGCCGGGCCGCAGUCUCCCGACGACGACGACGACGACGACCCCGCGCCCGCUCACUCUCUGCGGCCUCAACACCAUUCGCAUGACGCUCUCGUUCUGCCGCCGUGUCAGGCGACGCUGGUUCCAACUAACUCCCACCUCACCUGCCGCCAGCCCUGCCCUGUGGCUCGCUCGCAAGGUGAACCCUCUCUCGCCGCUCUCGCUCGUCCGCCCAUGGUGUCAUCUGUCCAACUUUCUCCGCUCCAGGGCUCCCUCUGCCGGGCGCGAGUCAUCUCACCGCUUCCUCGCCGACCCGCCUUCCCUGCCUGUUUUCGUCCCUUGACAUCCCUUCUGUGUUGCGCUUCUAUUAUCGUGAGGAGUUCCCGGUGUAAGGUACCAGGCCGCCGCAUCUCCAUCUGGCUGGCGCACCGCCUGCCCUGGGGCGAUCCGAGGCAAACACUGCAGCUCCUGUGUUGCCGUGCUGUCCCACAUCCACAUGCCGAAUCCUCUCGUACCGGCCUGAUGGAAACUGCUCUGCAUUUCUCUAUCCGCCCGUCAUUCGUCAGUCGUCCUAUUUUUCUCCCUCAUUUUCCUUUCGGCCUUAAAGUUAUCGCGUGGUUUGCGUCAAGCCCUCGCCUGACAGCCGUGGGCCGAAAAAAGUGGCAAGCAAAAUCCCGCCUUCGCCAGCCAAUGAAGCCGUUGGGUUCUGCUUUUCCUGUUUGUGGCCGCUACCCGCAAUCGUGUAACAGAUAAUAGGGCAAGUAAGACAAUCCAUCCCAAACCAAAGUGGAGCACCAAGGAAUGCGGCCAUUCGAGGUGCCGCGACGGCGCCAUUGUCCCUUCUGAAGCCCGGGGCGGCGCCGGCACCGCGGACAGGCACAGCCACCGUUAGAGCCCAUGUGCAAGAGCUGCUUGCUCUGGAUCCGGAUCGACCG